AUGGUGAGCCGCGAGAAGAAGCUCAAGCGGGAGCUCAACAAGCGCGCCAAGAAGUUCAUGAAGGGCGACACCGUCAACACCAAGAACAUCAAGGACAAGAAGACCAAGGCACACGUCAGGUACGCCAACGUCCUCGCCGAUAACGCGGCGACGGACGCCGCGCUUCACGAGAAGUGGCUCCUGCCAUCCACCCCCGGGGCCAUCGAGGUCGAGGGCGACGAGCGCACGUGGCGUAUCAAGCAGGACGAGAUCAUGAAGGCGGUGGACAUCAACGCGGCGAGGAAGGCGUUCGACCUAUCCCUCCCGACCCUCGGGCCGUACUCGGUGGACUUCACGCCGAACGGGCGCGACCUUCUCAUCGGCGGCAGGAAAGGUCACGUCGCCAUGAUUCGCUGGUCCGACUACAAGCUCGUGACCGAGGUUCAACUCAAGGAGACGGUGCGGGACGUCAAGUUUCUGCACAACGGUCAGUUCUUCGCGUGCGCGCAGCGAAAGUACGCGUACAUCUACGACAACCGCGGCCUGGAGGUUCACUGCCUGAAGGACCACACGGAGGUGAACCGGCUGGAAUUUCUCAACCACCACUUUUUGCUGUGCACCGUGGGAGACCAAGGCGUGCUGCGGUAUCAGGACACCACUCACGGCAAGAUCAUCGCGCAGCAUCGCACGAAGCUCGGUCCGUGCGAUGCGAUGCGCCAGAACCCCACGAACGCCAUCAUUCACCUCGGCCACUCCAACGGCACCGUCACCCUGUGGUCGCCCAACAUGGGGCACUCGCUCGUGAAGAUGCUGUGUCACCGGGGGCCGGUGCGGUCGCUCGCGGUCGACAUGACGGGGCGGUACAUGGCGACGUGCGGCGCGGACUCGCAGGUGAAGACGUGGGACGUUCGCAUGUACAAGGAGGUUCACAGCUACUACUCGGCGGUUCCCGCGGUGCACGUCGACAUCUCGCAGCGGGGCAUGCUCGGCGUCGGAUACGGAGGACGGGUUCAGAUCUGGGACCAGGCCCUGAGCGGCCCGAAAGCCCAGGCGCCUUACCUGAACCACCAGUUCAGGCGCGGCGAGAUCGUCCGAGAUUUUGCGUUCUGCCCGUACGACGACGCUAUUGGUGUGGGUCACAGCGGCGGGUUCAGCAACCUCAUCGUUCCGGGCGCGGGCGAGCCCAACUACGACUCGAUGAUUGCCAAUCCUUUCGAGACGAGGAAUCAGCGCAGGGAGCAGGAGGUGGCGCAGCUCAUGGACAAGCUGCCGCCGGAGAUGAUCCAGCUGGACCCGGACGGCAUCGGCGUCGUGCGCGCGGUGCCCAAGGAGGUGCAGAAGGAGAGGCGAGAGAAGGCGCUGGAGGCGGAGAUGGCGGCGAGGCGGGACAAGCGCGAGGCCAACCUCGAGAAGACGAGGAUGAAGGGGAAGAACAAGACGUCGAAGAGGUACCGAAAGAAGCAGGCGAACGUCGUGGACGACAAGAAGCUCCGCGCGCGCAUGCUCGCGGAGGAGACGAAGCAAAAGGCGGCCAAAGCGAGGGGCGAGGGCGGGCGGGCCACCGGAGGCGGCGCGGAGGGCGGCGGGGCGAUGCCGGCGCAGACGGCUGGCGCGGCUUCAUCCGCGCCCGUCGCGCCAAAGGACGUCAGCGCCGCGCUGCGACGGUUCUACAAGUGA